AUGGAUGUAUCUAAACUAGUUGUGCUUAUACUGUCUAUCAAGGCAGUUGAAAAUCGGAGUUUUGUAAAUGGAUCCAGUCAUGAGGAAAUAUCCCGUACCAUCAGAAUGGAGGAGUCAGAACGUCUAAUCAGCCCCACCGCCAGGAAAAAAGUGAUAUCUUCUUUGUAUAAGGAUGUCUCGAGUACAAAGCAAUGCAUGAUGAAGUUGAAUGAACUAAAAAACGAAUAUUAUGAGAACGUUAAAAUGACAAACAUGUCAAUAGAUUUAGUGAAUGUCAUUAGAAAAGAAAUGAGUGAGAAGGCUAGAACACACAAUAUAGAAAUCACAUUGCUCAAAGAAAAAGUUCAAGAACAAGAUCACUUGGUCAAAAUUUUGCAGAAACAAGCUGAAGAAUUUGGUGCAAAACUGAAACUACGACUGGUAAACGGCAAUUCCCCAAGAGAAGGAAGGGUUGAGGUCUACAAGGAUGGUGUGUGGGGAACAGUGUGUGAUGAUAACUGGGACUUUAAGGAAGCCAAUGUAGUCUGCCUCUUAAGAUUGCGUAAUGGAAAGUCUGCAAACGAAGGGUUUAUAGAAAUGUCAAUUAAUGGCAAAUGGGGAGGUAUCUGUGAUACAGGCUGGAACCAAAAUAAUGCUGAAGUUGCCUGUCGAUCUCUAGGAUACUCUGGAGGUUUGCCUAUCAGUUCAUCUGUGUUUGGAGAGGGCAAUACACAAAUAUGGUUGGGCAGCAUAAAUUGUAGAGGACAUGAAGAUUCUUUGUUAGAGUGUACGCAAUCAGCUGUGGGAUCCAGCACCUGUGAUAAUAGUAAUAUUGCUGCGGUUGUCUGUUAUGAUAAGGGAAAUGGCCUCAUCAGAUUGCGUAAUGGAAAAUCUGCAAACGAAGGGUUCAUAGAGGUAUUAAUCAAUGGCAAAUGGGGAGGUGUCUGUGAUACAGGGUGCAACCAAAAUAAGGCUCAAGUUGCCUGUCGAUCUCUGGGAUACUCUGGAGGUGUGCCUAUCAGUUCAUCCGUAUUUAGAAAGAGCAAUACACGAACGUGGUUGGAUGGCAUAAACUGUAGAGGACAUGAAGAUUCCUUGUUAGAGUGCACACAAUCAGUAGUAGGAACCAGCACCUGUGAUGAUAAUAAACACUCGGCAGUUGUCUGUUUUAAUAAAGGAAAUGAUGUUGUUAGAAUAUUUAAUGGUAGUUCUGCACAUGAAGGCCGGGUUCAGGUUUUGAUAGAUGGGUCAACCUUAAAGCUGAAGGAAGAACAUUGCUCUUCUUCGUUACCCACUGAACGCAACUGUAGAGUAAGAAUUGUUGAUGGUAGCUCUUCUGGUGAGGGUCUAGUUGAAGUUUCGGUUAAUAACCGAUGGCGAAGGGUAUGCUACAAAAGGUGGUACAAAAAUGAGGUUGAUGUGACAUGUAGAGGUCUUGGAUAUUCAAGAGGUAUUCCAAUGUCAUUGAAGAUAUUUGAAGAGGAGAAAAAAGAGACUUGGUUCUUAGACGGCAUGGAUUGUGAUGGAAAUGAAGAUUCUUUGCUAGAAUGUGCAGCAUCAAGAUCCACCGGUUGUAGCAAUGGUCUUAAGUUAGGAGUUAUUUGUUACCACGCGAUAAAUGAUGUUACCAGAAUUGUUAAUGGCAGUUACCCGGAUGAGGGUCUAGUUGAGAUUUUUGUGAAUGAUCGAUGGCGAAGUGUAUGUAUCAAUGGAUGGGACAAAAAUGACGCUGAUGUAACAUGUAGAAGUCUAGGCUAUUUAAGAGGUCUUCCAGUCUCAAUGCCGACAUUUGGAGGGACGGAGAAUGAUAAUUGGUUCUUCGACCAAAUGUCUUGUUACGGAUAUGAAGAUUCUUUGUUAGAAUGUACAACAUCAGGUUCCACAAGUUGUUACGAUGGUCGAGGAGCGGGAGUUAUUUGUUACCGAGCAGUAAAUAAUGUAACAAGAACUGCUAAUGGCAGCUCUCCUGGUGAGGGUCUAGUUGAAGUUUUGGUUAAUGACCGAUGGCGAAGUGUAUGCUACAAUGGAUGGGGCAUCAAUGAGGCUGAUGUGACAUGUAGAAGUUUAGGAUAUUUAGGAGGGUUUCCGGUUUCCUCGCAGCCAUCUUCAGAGGAUAUGGAAGACAUGAUGAUGUUGGGCGACAUAAAUUGUAAUGGAAAUGAAGAUUCUAUAUUAAAGUGUUCACAAUCAGUCAUUCGAUCCAGCGGCUGUAAUGGAGGAAAAGCUGGGGUCGUUUGCUACCACAUUAAAAAUGCCUACGAUACUGCGGUACGAAAAUACAGAUGCAAAGAGAAAGUAAAGGAAAUAUAUGCUCUGUCAGUGCGAAAUUGGGAAAAUGCAAGUGCAUUUGGAGAACCUUUGGCGAACUCUAUGUCGUGCUCUGGAUUCGAAAGGAUGCCAACACAUUGUACAUUUUUCUUGAUUAACGGUGGAGACUGUAAUACCAACGGUAGUGUGGAAAUUGAGUGUUUUUCCGGAAAUAUUAGACUUGUCAAUGGAGCUUCAAGCAACGAAGGGCGAGUAGAAGUGUUUUUCAAUGGGGUGUGGGGCACUGUGUGUGAUGACGACUGGGAUGAUAGGGAUGCGCGCGUAGUUUGCAGAAGUCUUGGCUAUUCAGGAGACUCCACAGCUCACGGAAAUGCCUAUUAUCAACAGGGAUCGGGAACUAUUUGGUUUGAUAACGUUGACUGUCAGGGAACAGAGUCGUCUAUCUUUUAUUGUAGGCACAAUUUCUACGGAAAACAUAACUGUGGUCACUCUGAGGAUGCUGGUGUAACAUGCCAAUAGUUUCUAUAAUUUUUUGGAGUUGUUGUCGACAGUUAUAUACACUCAAUUCAUUAUUUUAAUGAUUUUUUUCAGAAAAAAAAUUGGCAACUGCAA